UUUUUUUUUCUUAAUUAUGAUUUAUUUUAAAUUUGCACGCGUGCCCUCUCUGUCUUCCAUCAGAAAACGAGGACAUCCUGUCAAUUAAUCUUUCGGUGAUCAGUGAGUGAAAGUGUCGUGCACGGCCCCCGGGGGGGGAGAAUGUGAGCGUGUGACGCCCCGCCAGCAUCCAGAUGUUCCGCGUUUCCCUUGUGCGUCCCGGGAAGUCUGCUCGCUGAGGACCGGGACAAACCUUCAGUACAACACCCCGGAUUUCAAGGACGGCGUUCGCGAUGGGUUCGGUGUAAGGUGUUUGGAAUCAGGAUUCUUUUUUUUCUUCUUCUUCUCCAGCUUGUUUUUUUCCCCCCUCCUCUGGAGGAAUGGAGCGCGGCGCGCACAGGACGGCGGCUCUGCUGGAGAUGACUCUGCUGUGGCUCUUUGCGCUGACUGUGUCCGGACAGUCCGCUCCAAACCAGGACGAUGUGAUCGACCUCCUGGCUGCCCUGAACAUGACCCAUCCGAGAAGCGGUGUAACCAGAGUGCAAAGCCCCAACAGCGUGGCGUAUAAACUACGUCCUCGAGCCCCCCACUUGACCCUCCCUCAGGAAUAUUCCCACUUUCUCUACUCCAACCUUCGGGGUGGCAUCGGGGUGCAUGUGGUUGGCCACCAGACGUCAGGAUCCAACGCCACUCUUUUUUCUCUGUCGUCUGCGUCCUCGCCCAUCCUGCAGAUCGUCUCCUCCACUGUCAGUAAGACCCUGCGUGUCGACUACCAGACUGGAGGAAGAGCUCAGGGCCUCUCCAGCUUUCAGUUUCCGAGGAGAAAUCCCUUCUCCCGGGAGGAAUCGGUCCAGCUGGCGGUCAGCCUGGAGCCGGAUAAACUGACAUUUUUCGUCGACUGUGAAGAACCUUCAGUCGUACCGAUAACAGGCUCAAGCAGGAGUAACCUGGAGCUGCCUCAAGAUGUUAUCAUCACACUUGCCAGCAUGCCAGGAAAGAAAGACAGCAAAUUUAAUGGAUACCUGAAGAAAGCUGAAAUUUCACUCAAAGCUUACCAACAGCGCCCAUGGAUUUGUGACAAUGUGACAGAUGCCCUAUCUUCAUCUCAGGGCACGGAGUCACGUAGCCCAGAUUCCCAGACCGAUAACAGAAAGGAUGCUUCAUUCAGCAAGCUUCAAAGAAACCACAGAAAUAAGGAAGGAACCAGCCAUCAUCUGCGGGACGUUCAGAGCGAUCAGCACUACAGAGGUUUGGUUUUCGGGCCUCCUGGAAAUCCUCAAGGGGUAAAGCCCGCUGCUCAGGCACAGAGGGAGGACAGGAUGAGGAAGCUGGAGAGGAGGCUGGAGGAGAUGGCUCGGAUGCUGGAGAUGCUCAAAGCUCAGAAUGCAGACCUGCUCUCACGUGUGAAACACUUGGAAGGGUGUGAAUGUGUGAGGGGGCGAUGCGUAUGGGAAGGACGUGAACUGCAAGAGGGCCAGAGCUGGCAGACCGACGUCAACACUGUGUGUUUCUGCACAUCUGGAAGGGUGUCAUGUCGAACUGUCAUCAACAACGGAGAAUUUGAACCAGACGGGAGGGUUUAUAAUGUGUCGUACACACCAGCCGAAGAGACACGAAACAGACCUUCCCCUCCAAGAGAUUGCCCUCCCAGGCCACCCCCACCUGACGACUGCCCUCCCAAGUCAACACCACCACCCAAGCCACCACAGCCACCCAAUAUCUGCCCUCCCGCUCCCCCACCGCCACCCAAGCCACCACAGACACCCAAUUUCUGCCCUCCCAAUCCACCACCGCCACCCAAGCCAACACCGCCACCCAAUUUCUGCCCUCCCGCCCCCCCACUGCCACCCAAGCCACCACAGCCACCCAAUUUCUGCCCUCCCAAUCCCCCACCGCCACCCAAGCCAACACCGCCACCCAAUUUCUGCCCUCCCAAUCCACCACCGCCACCCAAGCCACCACAGCCACCCAAUUUCUGCCCUCCCAAUCCCCCACCGCCACCCAAGCCAACACCGCCACCCAAUUUCUGCCCUCCUGCUCCCCCACCGCCACCCAAUGACUGCAAUCCCAAGCCAUCGCCACCCAAAAACUGCAGAGACUGCACCCACCGAGGAGUCCGGUAUGCUGAUGGAGCCCAGUGGAGGUCAGCAGACAAUCCCUGUGACAUCUGCUACUGCUCGGAAGGCAAUGUUCAAUGUAGGAGGGAGCAGUGCAACACUCCCUGUGAAAAUCCUGCUCCUCCUCCACCCAACACCUGCUGUCCAGUCUGUCAAGACUGUACUCACAAUGGACGAAACUACCCCAAUGGAGCGGCCAUUCCUACCGGAGACCGCUGCCAGCAGUGUCAGUGUGUGAAUGGAAAUGUGGCGUGCUCAGCCGUCCGCUGUCCGGCCCUGCAGUGCCGCAACCCUGUGCAUCAUCCUGGAGAGUGUUGUCCGAGAUGUGAUCGCUGUGAAUAUCAGUCCCAAGUGUACCUGAAUGGACAGAAGUUCUCAUCCAGGACAGACCCUUGUGUCCACUGCCAAUGUGCUGAAGGUGAAGUUUCCUGUGAUCGGAUGGCUUCGUCAUGUCCGGCACCAGCAUGCAGUCACCCAGCCAAGCGUGAAGGAGAGUGCUGCCCCACAUGCAAUGAAUGUGAGUAUGACAGACGAGUCUAUGCUGAUGGAAAAACAUUCAUCCCUGGUGGGAGCGGGCCCUGCCUGCAGUGCAUCUGCAAGGCCGGGAACGUGAUAUGCCAUGAGGAGAAGUGUCCACCUGUUCAGUGUUCCAACCCUAUCAGAGAUCCACAUCAGUGUUGUCCAACCUGUAGAGGGUGCUUAUCAAAUGGAGUGCAGUACGAAGAGGGCGCAUCGUGGCAAAGUGAAGACACCUGUUCCAGGUGUUCCUGUGUAGACGGGGAGAUUGGCUGCUCUCGCAUCCGCUGCCCCGCCAACGAAUGUCAGCAUCCCACAAGGAACCGUGAUUCUUGUUGCGCGACAUGUGACAGCUGCACUUAUAACAAUCGCAUCUACAGCAAUGGACAGACGUUCACAAGCCCUGACCAGCCCUGUCAAUCGUGCACUUGCCUGCAUGGCACCGUUUCAUGUGAGAGGCGGCCUUGUACUCCACUGUCCUGCGCUGGUGCCUACACAGCACCUGGAGAGUGCUGCCCUAAAUGCCCAGAAUGCUCGUAUGACACCAACGUGUACAGGGACGGCGAGAAAUUUCAAAAUCCUACAAAUGCGUGUGAGGAGUGUAACUGUAAUAGCGGGACGAUUGACUGCCACAGAAGCCAGUGUCCUAAACCUCAAUGCAAUGCUCCUCGACCUGGAACAUGUUGCCCCAACAACUGCAACGGCUGCAGCUACGCUGGAAGGGAGUACAAUAACGGAGAAGAGUUUCCUCAUCCCACGGAUCCAUGCAGAGCUUGCUCCUGCUUGAAUGGGAAUGUGCAGUGUCUGAUGAGGAGGUGUCCUCCAUUAUCAUGUCCCAACCCUGUCUCUGUGCCGGGAGAGUGCUGCCCCCAGUGUCCAGCUCCUCCGUCAGGCUGCUUGUAUGAAGAAAGAUCCUACAGACACAUGGAGCGUUUCCAGCAUCCCACGGACAACUGCCGAGUGUGCAACUGCCACAACGAGGCAGUUCAGUGUCAGCGCAAGCCCUGCCCCUUCGCUUCAUGCUCUCACCCCGUUACACAAGAGUGCUGCCAGACCUGUGAUGCCUGCCUGUAUGAAGGUCGACAUCGAGCAAACGGAGAGGCAUGGGAGGACGCAUCGGACCGGUGUUCUGUGUGUGCGUGCCGUGAAGGCUCCGUGCGGUGUGAGAGAAAACGCUGUCCACCUGCCAACUGUAAACACCCCGUCCAAAGGCAGUGCUGCAUGUCCUGUGAGGGCUGCAUGUAUCACGGUAAAGAAUAUCCUGAGGGCAGCGAGUUCCGUAGCGACGACGACCCCUGCGCCUUGUGCUACUGCCGCGGGGGGGAGGUGGUCUGCGCCAUGACGGCCUGUCAGAUGGACUGCAGUCACCCUUACAGGCCACCCGGACAAUGCUGCGGGGAAUGUGAACGCUGCUUUUAUAACAAUGCAGUUCUCCAUAACGGACAGUCCGUCGCUGACCCAAGAAACCCUUGUUCUGAUUGUGUCUGCCAGAGCGGCUCAGUGCGAUGCUUGAGGAGACCAUGUCCGCGAGUCCGCUGUCCUCACCCGGUCACUGACCAGUGUGGCUGUCCCAGCUGUGACGGUUGUCACUUUGAAGGAGUGACGUACGCUGAGGGCCAGACAGUCCGAGGAGGAGACAAAGGCUGUCAGGACUGCACGUGUUCGAGAGGAGAGAUGGUGUGCACGUCCAGAACAUGCCCUGACGUAUCGUGCCAACAUCCGUCUUGGGAUGGAUGUUCAUGCAAAGUGUGUGACGGGUGUAACUUUGAAAGACGGGAAUGUUUCAACGGAGAACGAUUUCCGCACCCUGAAGACCACUGCCAGCUCUGCUCCUGUUUGAAUGGCGGUGUAGUGUGUGCACACAAACCUUGUCCGAGUGUUUCCUGUCGGCAUCCGGUGAUCCCUCCCGGAGAGUGCUGCCCCGUCUGCACCGGCAUCUGUUCAUACCAGGGUGAACAGCACCAGCCUGGCUCUACCUUCAUAUCACCCUCCGACCCCUGCUCAACAUGCUCCUGUGUGAAUGGAGACGUGAGCUGUCAGAGGAGACAGUGUCCGGUGCAGUGUGCUCACCCUGUUCCUUCAGACCACUGCUGUCCGAUCUGUGACUCCUGUCAGUUUGAGGGCGUUGUCCACGCUCACGGUCAAACCUUCACGCCCUCAUCCAGCCCCUGCCAGCGCUGCACCUGUGUCAGAGGCACCGUGACCUGCACGCCCGUCGUUUGCCCAGCAGCAAACUGCCUUCACCCCGUUGUCAAGCCAGGACAGUGCUGUCCCGAGUGUCCAGUCUCAGAGUGUAUGGUGGAGGGUCAGGAGUUCAGAGACGGGCAGACGUGGGCACAGAAAUCAAACCCGUGCUCUACCUGCAUCUGCCAGACAGGUGAGGUGAAGUGUUCAUCUCCUCAGUGUCCCAAGCUGACCUGUGUGCAUCAGGUGACGGAUCCAGCAACCUGCUGUCCCCGCUGUCGAGGUUGCAUGUAUGGAGGGGAGGAGUAUCCAGACGGCAGCAGCUGGUUUGCAGACUCCACUCCCUGCAUGACCUGCAUGUGUGUGAACGGAGUGACCACGUGUUCUGAGGUGCAGUGUCUGUCUCCAUGUGUCAACCACAUCACCGUGCCGGGGGAGUGCUGCCCGAUGUGUGCCGACUGUAUAUUUGACGGCAAAGUGUAUGGACCAGGGGAGAGUUUCCAUCCAGCCAAUGACCCCUGUCAGAUCUGCACAUGUGAGGUGACGCCAGAUGGGGAGCAACACCUUCGCUGUUACCAAAAGCAGUGUCCAAGUCUUGUCGACUGUCCCAAGAACCACAUCUUGUUUUCUGGACCGGACUCCUGCUGUCCUGUCUGCGCUCAGCCUCUCACUAACUGUACUGACGCACGGAUCGGCAACGAGGUGCUGGCAACAGACGAUCCCUGUUUUACCUGUCAUUGUAAGGAUCUGACCUGGACCUGCUUACACCAGACCUGCCCACCACUGAACUGCCCCUACAGUGAACAGUUCAACUCUCCAGACCUAUGCUGCCCUGUGUGUAAAGAUUGUGUCCUCGAGGGACAAAACAAACGUGUGACUAAUGGCAGCAGCUGGACGGACAGCGAUGAUGACUGUGUUAAAUGUACCUGCAUCCUGGGCUCGGUGGAGUGCAGCAUUGAAGAGUGUCCACCUAUAGUUUGCCUGCCAGGUGAAAAAAAAGUGAAGAUUCCUGGGAAAUGCUGCCAUGAAUGUCAAGAUUCAGGGGCGUCGUGUUUGUACCAGGGCACCCAGUAUCACUCUAAUGAGCAGUGGGCGGUGGAUCAGUGUACCAGCUGUACAUGUGUGUCUGGAGAUGUUCACUGUCACAGUGAGCGUUGCCCUCGCCUCACCUGUGCAACAGAUGAGAUGCCUGCAGUCGUCCCAGGUUUGUGCUGUCCUCAUUGCAUUCCUCGUCCGGCGACCUGCAUUGCCUUCGGCGACCCUCAUUACCGCACCUUCGAUGGCCGGAUGCUGCACUUCCAGGGAACGUGCACCUAUGUUCUCACACAGGACUGUGAUGGUGGAGACUUCAGCGUUCACGUGACAAAUGAUGACCGUGGCCGUAAAGGUGUGUCCUGGACUAAAGAGGUGACCGUGUUAUUGGGGGAUGUCACUGUGCAGCUCCUUCAGGACUGGGUUGUGAAGGUGAACAGUGAAGUCGUGGCUUUGCCGUUCCUCAAAGAGCCGUUUAUCUACAUAGAGCGUCAAACCAACACCAUUUUACUCAACACCAACAUCGGACUGAAGGUGCUGUGGGGUCUUCGCUCCCACCUGGAGGUGAGCGUUCCAGGCUCCUACAAGGACCAAACCUGCGGUCUCUGUGGAAACUUCAACAACUACCGCCAGGAUGACCUGCGGAUGCCGAGCGGGCGGAUCAGCUCGUCAGAGUCUGAGUUUGGAAACAGCUGGAGGGUCACGGAAGGCAGCCAUUCCGUCUCGGCCUGUCGUCCGGGUGAGGACGUCAACCCCUGUAAGGAGGCGGGGUACCAGGCCAAGAAGGGGGCCAACGCUCGCUGUAAGGUCUUGAAGUCCGCUGCCUUCAGGCCCUGUCACCACGUCGUGCCGCCCGAGCCGUGGUACGCGGCCUGCGUGUAUGACCAGUGCGCCUGCGGGGCCAACAGCGACGAGUGCCUGUGCGACACUCUGGAGGCCUACGCCAGCCAGUGCCGAGAGUCCGGGGUCGUCCUGCAGUGGAGAAGCACGGCACUGUGCGCUGUGGGCUGUCCGGUGGAGAGGGGCUUUGUGUUCGACGAGUGCGGCCCCCCCUGUCCCGUAACCUGCUUCAACGUCGACGUGCCCCUCGGGGUGAUUGAGAGUCACUGCUUUAAGCCCUGUGUCCCCGGCUGCCAGUGUCCCGCUGGUCUGGUUCUGCACAACAACUACUGCAUACAGCCGGAAAAGUGCCCCAAAAUCAUUCACGACAAAUCCUAAAGAUGUUUCAACCACUGGUUUGCAAACAGUCGCUACACACACGUACACACACACACUGUGUCAGAUUCUGUACUGUUACUGUAAUUCAAACAUCAUUAUGCAAACGUGUUCAGAUGAACCUGUGGAUUCUAUAAACUGACGACUACAAUGUGCAUUUUUCUAUUUGUAUAAAUAGUGGUAUCCAAAGCACUGAAUAUUUAUACUAAACAGAGGUUUGUCAUUUAAAUUCUAUUUGAAAGUUGAUGCUUUUGCCACAUAUUUUGAAAAGCAAAUUCAUGAGGUAUUUCCCACAGUCUUUGUAUUAUUUUACAGUAUUAUUUACUAUCAAAAGAGCUAUAUUUUUCUGUAUCAAAUUUCUGCACUGUGCAAUGUCUUACUGUAUACACAGAAAGGUUCAUAAUCUCAGGUAAUCUACUUUUUCUUUUCACUUUUGCAAAUAAAUAAUUCAAUAAUG